CCGACAUGUCCAACGGUGAAGGAGCCAACGGCCAUGCCCGCCAGACCGACGAGAACUCCCUGCCUUCGAAAUCUCCCCUUCUUACACAACACCGACUGUCAGACGCAUCGGAUAUGGACGAAGUCAACCUGGAAGAAGAUCAACACUCGCCACCGCCUACUCUGCCUCCAAAACUACCACCACGGAACCCCUCUGGUCUACAGGGGUUUUCUGGAACAAUGGCCCCUGUAAACUUCCCACCACCGCCUGCUGCCCCCGCCGAAAAACCUCAUACUCUGCCUCCUCCAGCGCCUCCUACCAGAAAAAUCACAAGUCCCUUUUCUUGGCUUUCCCGAGGGAACACGGAGAAGAAGGUCACUUCACCCCCCCUGCCGGCCGUAUCCCCUGGUCACGAUCGGCGGAACACGAACGCGUCAAUGGCAACCAUUGGAAGCAACCCCGAGCUUAUGCUAAGCAAAAUCGAAGAUGAGGGGAAUGGGGAGGGAUCGACCAACAGGUCUAGUCAGAGUAGUCUCCGCGACCGAUUCAAGCUUCUGCGCAUGCGCGAAGAGGCAGGAAUAACUUCGUUGGAAGAGGAGCAUGAGGGUGCUACAAGCCCUGGGGGAGCUCUUUCUGGUCUGGUUGGGCGAACAGCGAGUGUAGGCCUUGGAAUCGGAAAUCCAACCUCUAUUACCGACGAAAAGGAUGAACACGUACCACACAUGUCACGAGGAGCAUCGAGCCCAGGGCCCGGGCCAUUGACAAAGCAACCGACUAUCAAUCCCAACCUAGCACCUGGAACUGCAGCUGGAUUCACUGUUGGUCCUGCAGAGUCUGCUGCUCCAGUUGAUUGGGACUUGUGGCAAUCCGUGGUCUACGAAGGACCUGCUGCGGUGGCACGCACAAGCUCGGAAGAGCUCAACCAGGCUAUUGCCAGUGGCAUUCCUCAGGCAAUAAGAGGUGUGGUAUGGCAAGUCUUGGCUCAAAGCAAGAAUGAGGAGCUCGAGGGUGUAUACAAAGAGCUUGUCGUUAGGGGCACGGAUAAGGAACGUGUCACAAUGCAUCUUCCGGGAUUCGGACGCGGGGACCACAACGGACGUGCCAAUGGGACUGGGAAAGAGAAAGACUCUAUCGCUUCAUCGGCAUCCUCAGUGCACUCAAACCAAUCGACCCCCGCUUCAACUGCUCCCACAGGUUCACCGACAACACUAGGCGAUGACCAUGAAGCAGUGGCCAAGCUGCACGCGAAACUGACGGCAGAGAAGCAGAAGAAGGUAAAAGAAGAAACUGCAGCGAUAUCAAAGCUCGAAAAGGCUAUCAAACGCGAUUUGGGGGCACGCACAAGUUAUUCAAAGUAUGUCAUGGCUAAUGGGCUCCAAGACGGACUGUUCGGUCUGUGUAAAGCUUAUGCCUUGUUUGAUGAGGCUGUGGGCUAUGCACAGGGUAUGAAUUUCAUUGUCAUGCCACUUUUGUUUAAUAUGCCAGAAGAAGAAGCGUUUUGUCUCUUGGUUCGACUGAUGAACAAAUAUGGCCUACGAGACCUGUUUAUCAACGGCAUGCCAGGUCUUCAUCUACAUCUCUACCAAUUCGAGCGACUUCUGGAAGACUUUGAACCAGCACUCUACUGUCAUCUCAACCGCCGCGGCGUCAAGCCGGAUCUUUACGCCACGCAAUGGUUCCUCACUCUUUUCGCCUACCGCUUCCCUCUCCAACUCGUUCUUCGCAUCUACGACCUCAUUCUCAGCGAAGGUCUCGAAGGUGCCAUUCUCAAAUUCGGCAUCGUCCUCAUGCAAAAGAACGCGCAAACCCUCCUCGGUAUGCGUGAUAUGUCCGCCCUCACCACAUUCCUAAAAGAGCGCCUCUUCGACGUCUACAUCGACAAAACUCCGUCCGCCUCCUCCCUCCUCGAUAGCGGCUUCUUUGGUUCUACCGGCGGUAUCGACAAGGAAGUCUACCGCGCCGACAUGCUUGUCCAGGAUGCGUGCGCGGUCAAAGUCACGCCGGAAAUGCUAAAGCUCUACGCGACUGAGUGGCGGGAGAAGCAGCAAGUCGAAAAACAGCGCGAGGAGCAUCUCGAAUCGCUCGAGGAGAAAUGCCGUACGCUCACCAUGAAGGUUCGCUCGCUCGAGGAACGCGCGGAGAAAAGCGACACGGAGCACGUGCAAAUGGCGUCGGAGCUUGUGCGCACCAAAGUCGAGAACGAGACGCUAGGCGACGAGAACGAGAGCCUGAAGACAAGGGUCGAGGAACUCCAGCGGAUCGUCGAGAAGCAGCCCGAGGAGGUCGAGGCGAAGCUAAGGACCGAGAUGGAUACUGUCAUGCAGAAGAACAUCGUUGUGCAUAACGAGAACCGAGCACUGGAGGAGCAGUUGGCGGACAUGGAGAAGGAGCUUGUGGAGACGAAGAUGCAAUGGGCUGAGAUCAACUCGGAGCACGAGACGCUGAAGCAGAAGUGGAACAACAUCACUCAUCUCAUGAACAGCGGCAAGUAGACUACGAUUACGCCUGCGAUUUUUUACUUCGGGAAAACUGCGUCGACCGCAUGGUCAGAUCCCAUUGCAUUUUGCAUUCAAUUGUCUAUAUUCUUUAGCGGCCUGGGUUGCGCUGCCUGCGGUGCGUAGCCUACUUUUUCUUCUAUUGCAUGGGGGUCGGUGUUUGGAUACCGUAUGGUUUUCUGGUUGGCUGCUGGGUGUGGACCGUUAAGCUUUCUAUCUAAUACCUGCUGGUAUUGCGAUGAUGCGUGUGUGAUAGCAGCAUCUCUUGCCAUGGCUGUGGGAGAGGGGAGGACGGGGUAGGGGGAGCGGUUGAAUGCGGCGGAAGGUGGCUGUUCCUUACUCUAUCAUGGAUGAGGUUUUAUAUACCCUGAACUUGCGUAUAACGAAACGCAAAUGCUAUGCCAGCGACAAAAAGGAC